AUGAAGCCGCAGGAUCAUCCACGACCGGGGGGGCUGGGUGCGCCGCAGGCAGUCCUGGGGAAAUCAGCGGCGGGGGCGGCGGCACCGAUGCCGUCGGCGCAGCAGUCAGUAGGGAGCCCGCCAAGACAUUUGCGGGGCGCUUUGGGAUUGGGAACUCCCGUCUCGCAGUUCAGCGUGCAUCCUUCUACUGAUGCAGCAAGCACAGGCAGCACAGCGGAAUCCCUCCAUCCCAGGGGGAAAUUGGUCAUGGUGCCCCCGCACCUCAUGGGAAGGAAGGUGAUCUUACCGCAUCCGGCUGCCUUCGCCGAUCCCCAUGCGCCUUUGGCGCAACACGCCAAAAAACAUGUGGUUUCAUUCGUGAAUGUGAAGCAGGACGCGCCUGGCCAACCUCGUCCGGGGCGAAGCGGCCCGCUGGAGCACGCACCGGGUAUCCACGAUGGCGUGUCUCCGCGUUUAGUCGCUGCAUCGCCAGCGGGUCCAGUUCAGCUCGCGCACGCAUCCUCUGUAAAGGCGCAACGCCCAGCUUACGUUGCGGGAUACGGCGCGAUUCCGCCGCCAUCCUCUAUUGAUGAUGGUAUGAAACAUAAAUCGAGUGGUGGUCUUUGGAAAGGAAUAACUUCACUCUUCAAGCUUAACACUGGCAAAGAGGAGCAGCGAAUUGAACGUGCACCGCCAAGGACAAGCUACGCCAAAGCUGGAGCUGCCCCAAUAGAGCGGAGGCCGGGUGCAGGAGCGGCUGAGGGAGGCAGAACGGCGGCUGCUGCUCCGACUCAAAAUUCAGGUCAAAACACGGGUAGCCGAGCAGCUGGGGAUCGGGCUUUCCCGCAGGAAACACCUCCGCAACAACAACAACACAACUGCCAGCAGCUGCAGUCGAAGCCACAUUCCUCAUCGUUGACGUCUGUCGGUGAUGACGGGCAAGCCACGGCCCCGCAAUCCGGCGAUAGACCUGGAUUGUCAGCCCUUCCCGCACUUCCAGUAGGAACAAGGUCAAGAACACCUCUGCUGGAGGCAACAACGCAUCGAGUGACGCCGGUGGAUCCUGCAAUCACUCCUCUUGUAGUGCCACCCACCGUGUACCUGCGCAAUGAAGCUGGGGAAGCCGGGAUUGCACCAUCGUCGUCGGUACAAGCCACAACGGAUGGUGAAAGGGGCCAGCGUCAGUCACAGCAGGCACGACGUGUAGCCUUGUUUCCAUCCUUUGCUAUUGUCGACAGCGACGAGGAUUCGUUGGCAUUGGCAGACUCGGGGCAGUCCCAAAUAGAGCCGAAAGCGACGACACAGGCCGAUGUCGUUGGGCAAGUCGAGGCGGAGGCUUCGCAGGAGCAGGGGCAUGGCUUCCUCUCUUCCGUCAGCGUGCUCUCCCCGCCCAGCCGGUUGCUGACCGAGCAAGACAAGAAUGAGAGCACCGGCGCGCAGACGGCGAGUACACGGCUCCACGCCUCCUCAGGGUCACUGACGACGCCAGAGGUCAAACAGUUUCAGAUGGUCAAAAAAAAGUCUCUGGACGCGUUGGCAAUGGAGGCGCGGACUCCAGUGCGCCAGCCGUCAAUUCAGGGGAGGGAAGCGGUGGAUAUACACCCUUCUAUCGUCACGCCUCAGGGGAAGGGAGAAACCGAUGCGAACCCGCCAAAGGAAACACUGCAGCAGUCUGCCAUGGCGGUUUCCAGUGGGACGCAGUCACUGCAAUCAACUAAAAUAGGUGGAGAUGUCCAGAACGACAAGACACUGCACACUGAGCGUUACCAUCAGCCAUGUAGCUCCUCCAGUUUGGGCCACCAUGCAGCCGCACGCAGGCGAGAGGCUCAGCGGAAGGAAGAUGGAGCAGACGAUGGUAGUGAUGGUCUCCACAAGCGUGGUUGCAAGAUGCCGCCUCCCGCAGAAGAGCCAUCGUCUCCAGUUGUGUCUCGCAAACUCUCUAGAAACACUGACAAGGCGGGGGAUACGAAUAGCGAUGAUAGCAAUGAGGAUGCCGCCAAUAGAGCCCAUGACAAUAGGCGGUGGCACCGAAGCGACAGGCGGGGCACUGAGAAGGAUGCCUGUCGAGAGGGAAGGAAACUGCUUUCGCCUCCCUCUUUCCUGUCAGUGCACUCCCCUAUUUUUCACACCCGAGACGUUUAUAAGCUGUACCAAGAACUUCAACGACAGCAGCACAAACUACAGCGUGAUCGCUUCUCGCGCUGGCGGGCCCACAACGUCGUGUCGCCAGAUAGGUAUUCACGAGAGUCAAGACACAUAGGUGGGCAUUCGCUGCCGCAGCCGAAGGACUCGCGCCAGCCUUGGCGUAGCUCCUCGUUCCACUUAGGCUCACUGCCCCCACCUUCUCCACUUCUCCGUCCACUGGGCUACAUAGGCUUCGGAGGCGGUUAUAGCCGGUCUGUGGAUGGAAAGGCGUUGCAUUGCAAAAACGGCUAUAAGGCUUCCCAUGCUCCGAGCGGACAGUGCUCCCCGUAUCAAUCUCUGCAGCCGUCAAGGCUGGUUUUGGCGCAACGCGCCGAAACACCUUCCACUCAACGCCGGCGGUGGCUUCAUCCGAAUGAGCCUCGCGAGUACUCGCCAAGUCACCCAUACGAGUUGGUGUCGUUCUUUCCACCGUGCAUGUUUAACGAGUCCCGCAGAAGCUCAGCCUCCGCCAACGCAAGGGUCUGUGGCCACCGCACUACGAAAGAUGGACCUGUCAGCUACGGCGGAGAUAGCACCCCUGCGCGGGUGUACCCGGAUUUAGAUGGGCACGGAGAGAAGGCGGCCAAGGCAUGCGGUGGAGCACAGGCGCAGGCUUCCCCAGAUAAAAACGAUGGAAAGACCCCAGAGAGCCCGCUUCCGCGGCACCCAAAACAGCAGCCACAGAGGGGGUGUAGAAGGCACCCUGUCUCUGUUACACCGCCGCGACCAGUAUCGACGCGACGCCAACGAGACCGUCCGCGUGGAAUGUUAAAUGGUGGCACCGCAUCUCCACCCUCGCGCCGACCUCAAACUCGCUCUGUAGUGAAGGAUCUCACUGUGCGGCGUCUGCACCGCUGCUGUAGUGAGGGGGGCAUUGCUGGUGGCGAUCAGUUCCGUACCACUGGCUGGAGUGCAAACAUGGCAAACACGGGACAGUGGCUAGAUGAAGUGGUGGAGGCGAGUUUGGGUAAAGGGCGUGGGGAUAGUGCGGCGGCACUCACCUCUGCCGGCCGCCUCCCAGUCCCUGUUGUUGAUCUUCGCAGGGACUUCAAACCGUGCCUGGAUCCUCCGCUGAAUACGAAGGAGGCGUUUGGUGGACCCUAUCACCGCGUUCACUGUGGUGUGAACUACAGUGCGUCCAUCAAACGCAGCAGCGCCCACAAGAAGGGCAACGGGGUCUGCCCACAAGGGGCGGUGUCUCCACACUGCGGUAACCAUACGGUAUCCACCUCGCUUCGACGUAGCCCAGGCGACGCUGCGGUGACGGCGAGCUGUUCUCCGCAACGCCACUUUGUGGAUGUUCCGCCGUUUCCACCGUUAAAGAUGUACUCCUCCUUCCAGGUCAAGGAGCCGGAUCGGCCCUCGGCGUGGGCUGUGGGGCCGGAGCGGAGUAAUUUGCUGGCAGACUCCCCUACGGCGCGCCGCCGCAUGGUCAAGCGCACGCACAGUGGGGACAAGUAUGUAACCCCUGCGACCAGUGAUGGAGGGCAUCCUGCGGCAGAGGACGCCACCGCUGAAACGCGUGGAGAGUGCGUGGUUCUUGUAGAGGAGGUGCGCUUAGAUGAACAGCGUCGCCCGUAUGUAGUUAUACGUGAGGUGCCGUGCGGCGCUGCCGCGGUGGAGGCGCAGAAAACGUCCGUCAACAGGCUCUCCACGCCGCGGUCUGUGUACUUGCGCCGUGACAACGGGGCCCCAAGCUGA